UCGGGCUGGCUCUGGGACGUCUCCGGAGCGCGCGGACAAUCUCUGAGGAAGAUGAACUUCACGCUGGGCCUGGGCCUGCUGCUGGCCGGCCUCCUCACCGCAGAAGGUCUUCGGAAACCCGCCGUUUCCCCCAAGAAUCCUGGCGCCGUGAGCCGGGACCAAGAGCAGCCGGGCAGGAGGGCAGCCCAGGAGCUCGCCAGGCGGAACGUGGGCUUUGGCUUCGAGCUGUACAAGAGGAUGGCCGCCACCGGCCCCAGCAAGAACAUCUUCUUCUCCCCCAUGAGCAUCUCCACCGCCUUCGCCAUGCUGUGUCUGGGUGCCCAGAACUCCACGCUGGCCGAGAUCAAGGAGGGCUUCAACUUCAGGAAUAUGCCGGACAGAGACCUUCAUGAGGGUUUCCACUACCUUAUCCAGAGGCUGAACCAGAAGGCCGAGGGCCUCCGGCUGAGCCUCGAGAACACCUUGUUCCUGGACCGGAAGCUGCGGCCAGAGAAGAGGUUUAUGGCAGAUGCUAAGAACCUGUACAAUGCAAACAGCAUCCCCACCAACUUCCAGGACGUCCAAACCGCUCAGAAGCAGAUCAAUGACUACGUCAGUCAGCAAACCCAGGGGAAAAUCAAUAACCUGGUCAAGGAUAUAGAUCCUGGCACUGUGAUGCUUCUUGUCAACUGUCUUUACUUUCGAGCCAGGUGGCUACACGAGUUUGACCCAAAAUCAACUAAAGAGGAAGACUUCUUUUUGGAUGAAAACAGGCCCGUGAAGGUGCCCAUGAUGUUCCACGGGGGCAUGUAUGCAAUGGGCUAUGACGAGCAGCUCGGCUGCACCGUCCUGGAGAUGCCCUACUUCCACAACAUCUCGGCCACCUUCAUUCUUCCCGACAAGGGCCACAUGCGGCAGGUGGAGGAGGCCCUGACGCUGGACACUUUUGACAGAUGGAAGAAGUUAAUCGCGCGGAGGGUUGUGGACGUGUCCUUGCCCAGGUUCUCCAUCACUGGCACCUACGACCUAAAGAAGACUCUCUCCUACUUGGGCAUCACCAAAAUCUUCCAGGAACAUGGCGAUCUCAUCAGGAUAGUCCCUAAUCGAAGCCUGAAAGUGGGUGAGGCGGUGCACAAGGCCAAGCUGAGGAUUGACGAGAAGGGCGCGGAGGGGGCCGCGGGCUCCGGCAUGCAGACGCUGCCCAUGGAGAGGCCGCUAACCUUCAAGCUGAACAGAGCCUUCCUGCUGGUGAUUGCGGAGAACCUCACGCCUACCAUGCUCUUCCUGGGGAAGAUCACUAACCCCACCGGCACGUAAGGAGGGGUGCAGUCUGCGCAGAGCCCGUGGCCCCGGGCUGC